AUGGCUCAACCAGAGACGUUCUCGUAUGGCCCGCAUGAACUGCAAAAGAUUCAUGUCUGGAAGGCCGAGGAUAGUCCGAAAGAUAAAGACCUACUAUGGGUGAUAUACAUCCAUGGUGGGGCGUGGAGAGACAACACCGUCCUCGCAGACUCCUUCUUAACAACCUACUCCCUCCUCACCCAAAAUCCCCUCAUCCAAACUCACGUAGCGGGCUUUGCGUCUAUAGACUACCGCCUUAGCCCUCAUCCAAACGCCCCUCAAGACCCCAGCAACACUCCAAGCACUCAGCUGCGCGCAGCCAAACAUCCAGAACACAUCCAUGAUAUUCAGGCUGCACUGGCAUUCCUACACGAUAAAUACGCCUUUGAAGAUCGUUACAUUCUAUUGGGUCACAGUUGUGGCGCAACACUAUCCUUUCAAGUUGUCAUGAACAAAGUCCAGGGCGCCGACGUAACCACAUUCCCAAAACCGAGAGCCGUGGCUGGUGUUUGCGGAAUCUAUGAUUUGGCGCUGCUUCGAGAUGAUUUUAAGCAGAUCAAGAUCUAUGAGGAUUUUAUCAAGGGUGCGUUCGGUGCGGAUGAGCGGCUUUGGGAGGGGGUCAGUCCUGCAAAGGUUACUGGUGUGGACGGGGUUGCUGCUGGAUGGGAGGGUGGGAUGGUCGCGGUACUGGCUAGUUCGACAGGAGACUCGUUGAUAAAUCAGCCUCAGACAGAUGCUAUGCUACAGGUCGUCAAGCAGUGGCAGGGUUUGGUGCAGGGGAGGAAUGUGAUUGAGAUAUAUGAUUUGAAGGAGGAGCAUGACGAUGUCUGGGCGAAAGGCGAGGAGCUUGCUCGUGUGAUUAUUACUACUGUGCAGACAUUAGUUAAGAAMCCCGCCAUAUGA